AGUUAAGUCUAAUAAUUCACAAUACAGAGUUUUAUUGUCAUUUUUAAAAUAAAAUCUAAUUUAAAUAGGAAUUAUUUAUCAGAAUGAUAAUUUUACUGUAUACAAUAUUUAAUUAUACGAAAUAGAAGAGAACUUUUAAAUUUUUCUUUUAUUUUGUUAAUUCAUUAGAGCUAAAGACGUAAAUCACAGAAAAUAAACCAUGAAGAAGGAAAAGAAGAACAGUCAUCCAUGGAACGAAAAAAGUUCGAUAAUUCAAUAUUAUAUUUUCGACUACAUACAAAACAUUUAAAGGACAAAUAAGAUUUGCUAUCUUGUAUCAUACUCAAAAAAGUGCAGUGCAGUUAAUAAUUGUAAAGUGGCAAGAAGUUUAUGAAUUGGCCCCCCCAGCAUUUUUGUGUAUGCCAAGAUAUUCUCAUAUAUGCAGCAUCUCUUAGGCCUUGAUUUGUCUUAUAUUAAAAUGGAACAUUUUGUUAAUAAGCAUCAGAAAAUCCCUUUUGCACAAACAAGAAAAUAUUUCAAUUUGUCACUGAACAGGUAAAACCCUGAAGAACACACUCAGGAAGGUACAAAGCCUUCCAGAAUUCUGUUGAUAUGGUUACAAUGAACUCAGAAAAGGCUCAUAUAAAACGAAAGCCUGACUCUACUAAUAAAGAUUAUGCUGGAUCUAGUAAGGACAACUUGACUAGUGGUUCAUAUCAACCACUGUCUUCUGAUGAAUUACCUAACUGUUUACUGUAUCGUAAGAUGGAGAAAAUAAUUGAAAAAAUGCAAGAUGAAAUAAAGGGUGUACCAGUAAAAACUGUAAAAAGUUUUCUUUCUAAAAUUCCAUCUGUUUUUACUGGUACAGAUUUAAUUAUGUGGAUGAUGAAAAACUUGGAUGUUGAAGAUCAAACAGAAGCAUUACAUUUGGCUCAUCUUAUGGCAGCUCAUGGGUACUUUUUCCCAAUAGAUGAUCACAUGCUUACUUUAAAAAACGACAGUGCAUUUUAUAGAUUUCAAACACCAUAUUUUUGGCCUUCAAAUUGUUGGGAACCAGAAAAUACAGAUUAUGCUGUGUAUUUAUGUAAACGUACAAUGCAAAAUAAGACUAGACUAGAACUUGCUGAUUAUGAAGCUGAAAACCUUGCAAGAUUACAAAAAAUGUUCUCUAGGAAGUGGGAAUUUAUAUUCAUGCAAGCAGAAGCACAAAGCAAAGUAGAUAAGAAAAGGGAUAAAUUGGAGAGAAAAGUUCUUGAUAGCCAAGAACGUGCUUUUUGGGAUGUUCAUCGCCCUAUGCCUGGUUGUGUGAAUACCACUGAAAUUGAUAUUAAAAAGGCUUGCCAAAUGAAUAAACAUUCUAAAGCAAAUAAAUUUUUACAUUUUAUUUCACCUGAAUCUGCUGGUACAAAUAAAAGAGAAUCAGUGGAAGUGAUUAAAAAACAGAUAGCAUUCUUAAAGUCAAGACUAGAAAGGAGUAACACUAAAGUUUCAAAAAUAGCAGAAAUGUAUAUUACAUAUUAUGAGCAAUAUGUCGAAUUUGAUUAUUUCUUUGUAACACAAGAAUAUCCAAAUCCGUGGAUAACUGACGCAAUAGAUCUUUGGGAUCAAGAUAAACAAACAAAAGACAUAUCUGCACGAAGAAUAAAACGUUGGUCUUUUGGACUGCAUGAAUUACUUCAAGACCCUGUUGGCAGAGAACAUUUUAUUAAAUUUUUGGAUAAAGAGUUCAGUGGAGAAAAUUUAAGAUUUUGGGAAGCAGUUCAAGAUUUAAAAGCGUUACCGCUCAGUGAAGUAAAUAAAAAGGCACAAGAAAUAUGGAGCGAAUUUUUAGCUCCAGAUGCCAGUUGUCUUAUAAACGUAGAUUCUCAAUCUUAUGAAAUAACUAAAAAAAAUAUGGAAAAUCCAGAUCGUUGGGUAUUUGACGCUGCCGCAGCACAUGUAUAUCACCUGAUGAAGAGUGAUAGUUACUCAAGAUAUUUAAGAUCUGAUAUGUAUAAGGAUUUCUUAAAUGGGUCAAAAAAGAAGGCUUCAGUAAAAGGAAUACGGUCGAUUGUUUCGUUCUCUGCGCGAAAAGAAAAUGCCACAUAAUAGAUACAAACACAAAAAGAGACUGGACAAUACAUGUAUAUAUGUUGAAAAAUUAUUAACAGGGUCUUUCAGGCAUGAACCUUUUUUUAAUUGAUAUGUAUGUAUUUACUCAUUUUGCAGUAGAGUGAAGCCAACCGUUCGUUGGCUGUCACAUGAUGUACCUAUUACUUUUUCAGAACAACAUAACUUGGGCUCAUAAUUAUUAAGAAUAAGUAGACAGAUGUUUUUUGAGAAGUUUAAUCAAAUUUCGAAAAUUAGACAUCAAAAACAGUUUAGGUAAAUUCUAAUAACUCGUAUAAGUACCUGAAACGCCCUGUAUAUUGCAUUUAUUUAAAAAUUUUUAUGUAAAUGCUGCAACACAAAAAUUUUGACUAGUAACAUAGAUAGGAAUUGAUUUUAUCAAUAAAAUAGAAGUUAUCUGUAGAAAUUAGUGAUCUAAAAAGAUUUAAUUUUUAUAGAAUCUCUUUGAAACUCAAAAUCAAAAAUAUCUUUGUAAAUAUUGAAAAUCAAAACAAACAUUUUAAAGCGUAUAUUAUAAUGAUAAGUUUACUGCCAUUGUUAUCUAUGUUAUUAGCUAAUACAUUAUGCAUUAUCACUAAGUAUCCCCCACAUUAGCUAAUAACGAUUAUUCUACAUAAUGUUCAUUUUUCAAUAGAUCUGCUAGAAAUAUUAUUGUGAUAAGAUAGGCAACUUUUGAUGUGAAUGUUCAUUUUAGAUCAAAAUAAAAAUAAGUAAUUAGUUA